AUGGGUAAACCAGGAUUCUCUCCACGUGGUGAUGGCGGCUUUAGAGGAGGCGGCCGCGGUGGCUUCAGAGGAGGUGGUCGUGGCGGUGGUGGUGGCCGAGGUGGCGGUCGUGGAGGUGGCGGUGGACGUGGUGGAUUUGGCGGUCGAGGGGGUGGUGGUACUCCCCGAGGCAGAGGUGGUGGUAGAGGACGGGGAGGUGGUGGCAUGAGAGGUGGCAAAACAGUCAUCGUUGAACCCCAUCGUCAUGAGGGUGUCUUCAUUGCCAGAGGAAAGGAGGACGCUUUGGUAACCCGGAAUUUGGUACCUGGAUCUGAGGUCUAUGGAGAAAAGAGGAUAAGCGUAGAAAACGGAGAGAAAAUUGAAUACAGAGUCUGGAAUCCAUUCAGAUCGAAGCUUGCUGCCGCUAUUCUUGGAGGCAUAGAACAAAUUCACAUGCCACCUGGUAGCAAAGUUUUAUACUUGGGAGGCGCUUCUGGUACAACCGUAUCUCACGUGGCAGAUAUUGUUGGACCUGAAGGUCUUGUGUAUGCUGUAGAAUUUUCACAUAGGUCUGGAAGAGACCUAAUUAAUGUUGCUAAAAAACGAACAAACAUUAUUCCUAUCAUUGAAGACGCCAGGCAUCCACACAAAUACAGGAUGUUGGUCGGUAUGGUAGACACAAUUUUUGCUGACGUAGCUCAACCAGAUCAAGCUAGAAUCGUCAGUCUGAAUGCACAGUAUUUCCUUAAAAAUGGAGGAAACUUUGUCAUUUCAAUCAAGGCUAGUUGCAUAGAUUCGACAGCCAAGCCAGAAGCAGUCUUUAUGGCUGAGGUCAAUAAACUAAUUGCAGACAAGUUGAAACCCAGAGAACAGAUCACACUCGAGCCUUACGAACGAGACCACGCAGUUGUCGUUGGUGCAUUUAGGCCUCCUCCAAAAAAAGCAGCAGCGUGAAAAGUGUUGCAUAACACCCAUUUUAUGCACACCAUUGAAUUAUCGAUGAUUUCUAAGUUGUUGAAAACUCGUUUAACCAGCAGAUAAAAAGUUCUGCUGUACAUGUAUAAUAGUAGCUUAUAAGUUUACAUUUAUAUAUAUAUAUUUUUAAAAACUUUUGUAAUCAAGAUGAGCCGCAAACGCACAAUCAGCGCGUUUUUUGUUACAUGUAUCGACGUGCUACCAAGCUAAUGAGAUUCUCAUCUUCAAA